AUGGCAGUUGCAGCAGCGGGUCCCGUGCUCACAUUCAAUCCCAAGGAGAACGAGUGGGAAGUUUUCUUCAAAAGGUUAGAGCAGUAUUUUAUAGUACACGGGGUCACUGAAGAAGCUGACAAGAGAGCUCAUUUGCUGUAUAGUUUGUCUGAGGAGGCGUAUAUUUUAUUAGAAAAUUUAUGUAUGCCGCAAAAGCCGGAAGAAACCCCAUACCAAGACAUAGUUCAGUUAUUGUCUAACUACUAUGGUAAAACUGCUGUUGUAUGGGUCGAAAGGCAGAAGUUUUAUAGUGCAUCCAAAUCAGGAAAUGAGACGGCACUAGAAUGGAGUGUACGACUUAAAGGUUUAGCUCGCUAUUGCAAUUUUGGUCAGCAGCUUGAGUCCAAGCUAACGGACAUUUUUGUUACGCAGUUCAAUCCUGGGAAGGUGAGAACUGAAUUAUUCAGCCUAAACGAGAACACCACCUUAAAUAACGCUGUUGAAAAGGCCAAAAUUAUUGAAGCAACGCUAGUAAUAAGAGACCCAGUUGGUGAAGUUAAAAGCGAGGUCUUAGAAUCCGAUGUUUUUCGAAUUACACAAAAUAAUUCAAAUGUUGGUGCCACUGGCGAUCAACAUCAAGAUCCUCAACGGUAUCAUAGAGGGACAGCAGUACCUGCAGCGCAGCGGAGCCAAGGAGGCACGCGCAGGAGUGGGGGCAACAGCUCAAACAUGGCGCUGCCACAGCUACAGCCGUUCACAUCGUCUGGUCGCUCUCCGGGCUGUUUCCGCUGCGGGAGGAACCACAACAGUAAUGUACCUACAGGUGUUUUUGACAUGGCUUCUACUUCAUCUGGCAAAAAGCGCACUUAUAAAGAAGCAUUUCUACAAUGGGGUUUCACAAGCAUCGUAGACAAAAAUAUAGAAAAGCCUCAGUGUGUUUUAUGUAAUAAAGUGCUUAAUCCAGAAAGCAUGAAACCGAGCAAAUUAAAAGAACAUUUUGCUAAAGUUCACAAGGAGUUCGCAGAUAAAAAUAUAGAUUUUUUUAAGAAAAAGGAGAGGAUUCUGAAGUCUUCCCGCAUGGAUUCAACAGGCAAUAUACAGAAAGCAAAUGAAUCAUGCCUUCAAGCUUCAUACAAAAUUGCUUAUCGCAUCGCACGUAAUAAAAAACCACACACUAUAGGAGAGGACCUCAUCAAACCUUGCUUGUUAGAUGCAGUAGCACUUGUUAUUGGUGAGCAACAUGUAGCUAAGAUUAAACAAAUCUCACUCUCAAACACUACUAUUCAAAGUCGCAUAUGUGAAAUGAGUGCCGAUAUUCUAGCAACCGUUAUUUCUGAAAUAAAGGAAAGUCAUAUGUUUGCGCUGCAGUUGGACGAGUCCACAGAUGUUGCUUCGUGUUCACAAUUAUUGGUGUUUACACGAUACAUUAAAGAUGAUGAUGUAAAGGAGGAAUAUUUGUUCUGCAAGUCUUUGCCCACUACUACUCGCGGCGAAGACGUAUUUCAAACGCUAAAAGAGUUUAUUGAGGAAAAUGGCCUAGACUGGUUAAAGCUGAUUGGUACUUGUACAGACGGGGCGGGGCGCCUUCCAUGA